AUGUUCAAGAUCCUCAAGACUGUAGCCACCGAUGGCGUCGGCGCUCGUCUGGGGACACUAUCGCUCCCCAAGCGCCGCCCAAUCGAUACACCCAAUUUCAUAGGUCUCACUGCGCGAGGUGCCAUACCUCAUCUGACCCCGGAUAAUGUCAGCAAAAAUUCUGAGCUUGGUGGAGUAUAUGUUGCUCUUGAGGAUUAUAUCAACUCGGAAAGUGUAGAGCCUUUGCACUCGUUUACGGCAACCCCUUCGCAUAUGUUCACCGUCCUCGGCGCAAGGCGGCACCCAGCCAUCAAUUCACCCCUGGGCAAUGCGACAGACUCAAUAUCCAUCUAUACUUCUACUGGGUUUCAGAAACUUACGAAUGAGGCGUACCGGAAGUAUAUAGGCACUAUACGGCCAGAUAUCGCCAUCCCGCUAGCAGAUAUGACAUAUUCGCAAGCCACAAACCCCAUCGACUCGAAACGACGCACCAACAUCGCGAGCUCAAAACGGCAGCUUCGCAUGGUGGAACGGACCGAGGACUGGCUUGCUAAGUUUUUUGAGGCAUCCGAAGACAGUAGCGAGCAAAUCCAUCCUACAGUCUUCGCCCCGCUUCUCCCAUUAUCUUAUCCUACGCAGUGGGAAUACUUCAACCAGCUAGAGCAAGACUUCGCCGAAAAGCUAUCAGGACUGGCAGUCUACGAUGUUGACGUUCUUCCUGACUUGAACAAUCACAGUCCCUUGAUACCUUUGCCCCGUCUUUCGCUCGAUUACACAGCGACGCCACAGGAGAUUCUUCGCCAAAUUCAACUAGGCGCGGACCUCUUCACUGUGUCUUUCCUUAACAGCAUAUCCGACGCUGGCAUAGCGCUCUCAUUCACGUUCCCACCUCCCUCAGAUUCAGAUUCUGGUAUCAGACCACUUGGUAUAAACAUGUGGUCAAAGGAGCACGAAGUCGCAGUAAAGCCACUUAUAGAGGGCUGCAAGUGCUACGCCUGCACAAAACACCACCGCGCUUUCCUACAUCACUUACUCAAUGCGAAAGAAAUGCUCGGCUGGACACUCUUGCAAGCCCAUAACUACCAGGUCAUCAGCGAUUUCUUCGCGGACAUUCGCGGCUCGCUGGAUGCAGACCCUCCGACAUUUGAAAAGGGCUACGACAACUUUAUGAGAGUUUACGACUCAGAGCUACCUGCGGGCACGGGAACUAGGCCGCGCGCGCGGGGAUAUCAUUUCAAGAGCCAAGGAGGUGAUAACAAGAUCAACGCUCCCGGAUGGGAGAAGUACAGCACAGAUAGCGAUCCGGCUCUAGCGGGCGAGAUGGCAGGGCUGGCUGUGACUGGAGCGGCAGCAGAGGGCAAAGAGACACCUCUUAUACCUGAUACCGACUCUGCUGAGCUCGAUAAACAGGGAUUCGCUGAGAUCUCAAAAUAA